AUGCCCAACAUAUGCACUCGUGUCGUCUUUCGAUGUUUCAAAAAACUGGAACGGUGGGGAGAUAAAGUCACAGGCGCAGCAGGACCUUUCUUCGUCGGGCUCGCCGUCAUACUCAUUGUCGCAGGGACAGUCAGCUUUCUCAACAUAGUGCUUCCAAGUCUGCCGUGGCCGCUGUUGACCGCACCACCAUGCUUGAUCAUCAUCCUCAACAUGUUCGGACACUACUACUAUGUCUGCACCGUGCCACCAGGUUACGUCGAUGACCCACCGCAAACGCAUGUCGACAAUAGCCUUCUAUGGGCGAGGAGAAGUAUCGGCACACCAGUGAGGCCGCAGAACGGCGUGAGAUGGUCCUCGGAGGUGAAUAUCACGAAGGCGAGCACUACGCGCUGUACGAAGUGCAACCAAAUCAAGCCAGAGAGGACACAUCACUGUCGGAUAUGCAACCGCUGCGUGUUGAAAUAUGACCAUCAUUGUCCAGUGAGGGUUAACCAAUGUGUCGGAUUAUACAACGAGCGCCACUUUGUUCUCUUCAUGGUGUACCUCGUCAUCGGUGCUUUCUGGUACACGCUUUUAGGGUGGGAUUUCAUCCUUAUGGCGUUCGGGAUGCAUUGGAAUGCAAAGUGGCCGUUCUUAGUCCCGUCCGUCGUGUUCAUCAUGUCCUACAUCCUCGCCGCAGUAAUGUGCCUCGCAGUUGGUAUCAUGGCGGCAUGGCACUUAUGGAGUGUGGCGAUCGGAGAGACGAGUUGCGAAGGACACGAUUUCGAGAUUUAUAGGAAGCUUGCGAAGUCGAGGGGAGAGACGUUUGUGAAUUCAUACGACCUGGGCAAACGCAAAAAUCUCGAGCUGUUCUUCAACCUAGGAAGGGAUGGAUACCCAAUCUACACCCUUUUCUUCCCUUUCCGUAUAGAACCCUACACCGACGGUCGCUCUUGGGCACGAAGACCAGGGCUCGAACGACACAGAGGCGUCAGGGAGGGCGAAGAUUUGACGGACGAGGAAGAGGAAGAGGAAAUAUAG